GCAGUAGGGGAAAAUGGAUCGGAAUGGGAGAAUGGGUGUUCUCUCUCGAGUGUUCGGUCGUUGGGAGCAGCGAGGCGGGUAGUCAGUGUACCGUCAGCCUUCACGUCGCCGUGACGUUCUUCUCUUUCGUCUUGUCCUUCUCGUUUCACCCUUGCAGUUUGUUCAGCGACUUUCUCACCGUUUCACCCGUUUACUUAUUCAUUCGAUUUCUUAUAAAUAUCAAACGUGUUCACCUUUCAUUAAUUAACCGAGAUUGAAUGACUUUUUUUAUACUUCUAUGUGCUACCGUGGUAAUCUAACAGUGCUAAUCAGGAACGAUUAAAGACACAUUCAAAGUUUUCCUAUUGCGAAUAGAAAGUGAUCGAAGAUACAAGUGAAGAAACAUUAAAGUGAGAAAUAAGUUAUCUGAAAAUCUUAAGCCUACAAAAUUAAUAAGUUUAUUAAUUCAUUGUGGUCACCUUUAGAAAAAUAGGUACCGCGACCUAAAGAAUCGUGCCUUGACAUCAUGCACCAAUUGAAGAUAGUUUUUUAGUGACCAGCAACGUAAAAAUCUUUGAACGAACAAUUUAUAAGUUUAAAUGAGUACGAAGGUGCGUCCUAUCUAAGGCAUCCGAUAACCGAGAAUAUAAAACGAACCGUUCGAUUUGCAACAAUGAAAGUCCACGCGGCUAUUUUACAUUGUCGACAAUCGCGCUCAGUGGGGCUGACCGUACGGCAGAGAUGAAAUCUCGCCGAGACUUACGUGUAUCAGCUCAGCCUCGUGCGAGACACGAACGUCUCGUUUGGGGUAGGAGAUCAGAUACGUGUUUUAAUACCAGGCACGCAAAUCAAGAAGAAAUGGAGCAUAAACAGACGAUUCUGCUUCCACCGGCGUUAAGCAACAGUAGUUGUUGGCAAAGAGACACGUCCGAAGCCAUUUGGACAGUUCCAGGACCAGCGGAAUUACUACGCGCUGCUCUAAUUCUUCUACUCAGCCUUGGUAUCCUUUGCGCGAACCUAUUAGUAAUAUGCGUCAUCAACAGCAAACGAUACAGCAAAUACAUUCACGCACAGCCAAGAUAUUUACUGACGAGUCUGGCAAGCAACGACUUCGCUAUUGGUCUCCUGGUGACACCAUUCGGCUUCCUACCAGCUGUGUAUGGAUGUUGGCCUUACGGUGAAGUUGUCUGUCAAAUACAGGCACUUCUUAGAGGAGCUUUAACUCAACAAAGUGCCGUUAUCCUCAUCUGCAUGGCAAUUGAUCGUUACGUUUGUAUGCUGCAUCCUCAUCAUUAUCAUAAGCACGCUUCUAAAAAGUAUUACAUGCGGCAGGGUUGCGUGACAGUGAUGUCAACUACCUGGAUAGCGAGUAUGGCGAUUUUUGGUGCUCUAGUGCUCCCAAGAGGAGGCUACUACUUCAACAACUCUGGUCUUCUGGCCUGUGACCCUUUCUUCGCCAGAGCUUCUCUUAGGAUCCUUGCCUGCUGCUGUUUUUAUUUUCCUACAACAAUGGUGCUGAUGUAUUGCUACGGUUCAGCCUUUCACGUUAACAAAUUACGCCUGAAAAGAGUAGUUUGUGUUAACACAGCGGAGGUUGUUAACGGCGGACACAUAGAUAGGCUCAUGGCACAAGAGAGACGAUUAUCCACUGCAGCCUCGCGGACAAUGGCUGCAAUGAGUUUAGGAUUCAUUGUUAUGGUCACUCCAUGGACGAUUCAGGAAGUUGUUGCAGCUUGUACCGGAAGCAAACCACCGCCGUUCCUCGACUUCCUCGCCACGUGGCUCGCACUCUCCAACAGCUUUUGGAAUCCGUUUCUAUAUUGGCUCCUCAACAAUCACUUUCGUCGUAUUUCGAGGGAGCUUCUUUAUACUAAGAUAUUUUGUAAAGCAAAAUCAUUGGGACCGAAGCAGCACUGUUGCGCGACUAGCACAGGUGGUCUUGAUGUCUGCAGCAUGGUGGGAGUUGAUUUAUCAGGUUUAGAACGGUGCUCAAUAGAUCGGUAUUCAAUGGCUCGGUGUUCCUCGGUAUCAUUAGUUAAUGCUCCAGCAUCACUUCCUUGGGAAAUCGGACAUACGCUACACAGUGAAUCUCCGCCAACGUGAGUUAGGGAUGCCGCCACGCAAACGGAGGACUUGGGAUCUCCAACGCAUGCUAGUUAGUACAGCGUGGCGGCAGAAUGGCAUCCGCUAGUUCACCGUCUCCAAAUUCAGCGAUCACCUCGAUGUCAGUCUUUCCGUGACAAUUCAUUUUCAAUGGCAGCGGAAUUGCCGUUUUAUGUUGAAACGAUGCAGUUGGAAGAAAUAGAAAAUGGAUGUAAUCGUCGACUAUACUUGGAGAGCACGCACUUCAAAAGUGUACCCGACCUCAUUCGGGACGUGAAACUUAAUUGACAUAUAAUCGCGAAUGUUUACGUGUUAUCAAAGGUAAAUUGUACUAGAUUCACUGCAGAAGCUUUGGCAAUUAAGAACCGAGUUUUCGAAAGAAUAUUAAUAUUUUAUAUUAAUCAAGAUUAUAAGAUUUUGUAUUAUAGGUUAAUAAUAUUUAACCGAAAAUGAUAACGCAUACUAUGUUGAAACUAAGAGAUAAGAUUAAGAAGACAUUCAGUCGUCGAAUAAAAUAAUAAACAGAGUAAUUAUGUAAAACUUAUUAAGUUUUAACAUUUUUCCAUCACUUCAGAAUAAUUGCAAAGUAGAGAAUUUUUGAUAUUAUUGAAUAUUAACAUCGUCAUUAUCUCGACGAUCACAUCGUUGGAACAUGUACAUUCAUCACUCGUCACACGUACAUAUUUAUAAUAACCGCACAAACUACGGAUAUAAAAUAGUAUUUAAGCAGUUA